UUUUUAACACCAAUUUGUUUGUGCAGGUUUGCCCAGUUUUUCCUGUGUCCACUCUUCACGGAGAGUGCCACUGACAGGGAGGUGAAUGCUGUCAAUUCAGAGCAUGAGAAAAACAUACCCAGUGACUCGUGGCGUAUGGACCAACUUGACAAAUCCACAUCUAAGCCUGGUCAUCCUUAUAGUCAGUUUGGGACAGGAAACAAGUUGACCCUGGAUACCAUCCCUAAGGAGUUGGGUGUCAAUGUACGAGAUGAGCUUUUGAAGUUUCAUGACAAAUGGUAUUCUUCUAACAUUAUGUCUCUGGCCAUUUUGGGAAAAGAGGAUUUGGAUACACUGGAAAAAAUAGCUGUUGAUCUCUUUUCUGGAGUGAAAAACAAACAUGUGACAUCACCAAUAUGGCUUGAACACCCGUUCGGCCCCGAUCAAGUGAAGAUGAAGGGGUUCAUAGUGCCUAUUAAGGAUCUACGAAAUCUCAAUAUUAACUUUCCAAUACCUGACCUGCAUGAGUACUACAAGUCUGGACCAGGACACUACCUGAGCCACUUGUUUGGCCAUGAGGGUCCAGGAAGCCUGCUGUCUGAACUGCGGUCCCGUGGCUGGUGCAACAGUCUGGUCGGUGGCGUGCGCCAUGGCUCCAAGGGGUUCUCUUUCUUCGGUAUCAAUGUGGACCUUACAGAGCAAGGCAUCCAACACAUCGAUAGCAUCGUGAAGUUGGUUUUCCAAUACGUUACAAUGCUGAAGAAGGAAGGUCCCAAGGAGUGGAUAUUUGAGGAGUUCAAGGACAUUAUGUCAAUGCACUUCCGAUUCAAGGACAAGGAAAUGCCAAGGAGCUAUGUUUCUAAUAUUGCUGUCAAUUUACACGACUAUCCCAUGGAAGAGGUGCUGUCAGCAUCCUACCUCCUAAGUGAGUGGCGACCAGAUUUGGUACAGAAGGUGCUUGGUUACUUCACACCACAAAAUGUCAGAGUGGCUGUUGUUGGAAAGAUGUUUGAGAACAAAGCAACAGAAAGUGAGAAAUGGUAUGGUACAAAGUACAAACAGGAGAAAAUACCAGAAGAUACCAUAAAAGACUGGAAUGAUGAAAGCCUCUGUGAAGCUUUACACCUUCCCUCCAAAAACGAGUUCAUCCCCAAUGAUUUCAGUCUACUGCCACGUGAAGAAAAUCCCAGUCAGUACCCCGUGGUUAUAAAGGAGAGUCCUGUUAUCCGAGUGUGGUACAAGCAAGACGAUGAGUUUCUCCUGCCAAAGGCCAAUCUUAGUUUUGAGUUUGUCAGUCCAUUGGCUUACUUGGAUCCUCAUUGCUGUAACAUGACCUACAUGUUCGUCCUGCUGUUCAAGGAUGCACUCAAUGAGUAUGCAUACGCUGCUGAACUGGCGGGGAUGAAAUGGGAGCUGACUAAUACAAAGUAUGGCAUGGUGCUUGGUAUUGGAGGGUACAACAACAAGCAACAUGUGCUGCUCCAAAAAAUCAUCGAGAAGUUAACAAACUUCAAAAUUGACCCGAAGAGAUUCGAAAUUUUAAAGGAAAAUUAUAUCCGAGGGCUGAAGAACUUUGAGGCUGAGCAACCCUAUCAGCAUGCAGUGUACUUCCUAGCAGUGAUAUUGUCCGAGCAGGCUUGGACCAAGGAGGAGUUGCUGAAUGCUGCUGCAGAUCUGACCCUGGAGAGAAUGGAAGCAUUCAUCCCUCAGAUAUUGAGCAAGAUGUUCAUAGAGUCUUUAGUACAUGGCAAUGUUGACACCAAGACAGCCUUGUCUCUGGUGCAAUCCGUGGAGGAUCAACUCAACGACAGUGUGUCCUUAUGACAAUUACUGCCCCGUCAGCUGCUGCGCAACCGCGAGAUACAGCUGGCGGAUGGCUCUGACUACAUUUACGAGCUUCACAACAAAUUGCACCGCAGUUCCUGCACAGAGAAUUACUACCAGUGCAGUUUGCAAUCCACGCAGUCUAAUAUGGUGCUAGAACUGUUUGUACAAAUCAUAACAGAACCUUGUUUCAACAUACUACGCACUCAGGAACAGUUAGGUUAUAUUGUGUUUAGUGGUAUUCGAAGAGCCAAUGGUGCUCAGGGUCUACGUAUCAUUGUGCAGUCAGACAGACACCCGGCAUAUGUUGAUGGCAGAAUUGAGCAAUUUCUGUUGCAAAUGGAGGACCAACUGAAGGGAAUGACUGAGGAGGAGUUUGACAGGCACAAGGAGGCUUUGGCAGCUCAACGAUUGGAGAAGCCCAAGCGGCUCAGCUCCUUGUCAGCUCGUUUCUGGGCCGAGAUCACAUCACAGCAGUACAAUUUUGAUCGGGCUCACAUAGAGGUUGACUACUUGCGAACGCUCACCAAGGAAGAUGUCAUCAAUUUCUACAAAGAUCUGAUAAGUGCUGAGUCGCCUCACAGACAUAAGCUAUCAGUACAUGUGGUUUCCACUGCAGAGGGAGGUGCUGGUAACAACAACUCUACUUUGGACUAUGAUCAGCCUAAGGCUGUGAAGAUAGAGGAUGUCACCAGGUUUAAGAGCAGCCAGAGCCUGUUUCCACUUGUUCAGCCUUUCAUCAACAUCGGUUCUAUCACCAAGUCCAAGUUAUGAUGUCCCUCAAUGAAGUGUCAGUUACUUAAAGAACUUAUUGCAAACACACGUUUUUUAUUUACAAUGUUUUUAUUGUUGUAAUGUUCACAAAAUAGUACGGGUUUUAUUUAUAAAGUAAUGAGAUCUGUAUUUGCAUUUGUUUUGUUUUUAUAGGUAAUUAUGACUGUUACUGAUA